AUGAAGUUGCCAUUUCUACUUAAUACUGUAUCACAAUGUAGCAGCCCGAAGGAAGUAGAAGAGGUAUUUAAUAAAGUAUUGAGAGCAUUGCCAAGUUUAGAUGGAAAUACAGUGUCAAAUUGCCUGAAUAUCUUAUCAAAAAAGGAAAUAAACCACCCAAAGGUGUAUUGGAGUAGAACAGCAGAAGUGUUAACGGAGAAAUGUACCAAAAACAUAAAUAAUAACACGGUAUUGUCGAACUAUGAAGUAAGGCAAGUGUGUAUAAUAUUAAACGCGUUCGCAAAAGUGGACCACCUGUCGGCAAAGUUAAUAGAAGAAAGCACUAAGAUAAUAACAAAGCAAAUACGGGACCUGCACACGAGAGACAUAAGUAACGUAAUCCACUCACUAGGGAAGCUGAAUCAAAUAAGUCCACUGACGAAAAUAAUAAAUAAGUUGUUUAAGCUGGGAGAGCAUAGAGACAACGACUACGAAAAGAUAGUUAAAACAAUAGAAGAAUGCAACGAACAGGACUUUUCAAUGCUACUGAGAGUGUUCCUGCUCAAUUCGGAGAAUCUGGAGCUGGACAAGAUAACGAAGAAGCUGCUGAAGUCGAUAUCGGACAAGUACGACCACCUGAGCGACCAGACGCUUGCAAUCCUGGCAAACGCACUGGCGAACUACGGAAGAGACGACAGCAAGACGCUCAGCGUGCUGGCGCCAAUAAUAACGCACAGACUGAGAAGAGGGCACUUCACGCCACAGUGCGUGGCACAAAUAUCAAACGGGUACGCAAAGCUGAAAAAUAGAGAGGAGGAGCUGUUCACAGCAGUAUCGGAAAGAGUAGUGAGGGAUGCGGGCAUGUUCUCAGCAAGGUGCAUCUCAAACGUGUUAAACGCAUUCAGCAAGUUGAGUAUUUUUAAAAGGGAGUUGUUUAUGGCAUCAAUGCCGCAGUUGGAGAACAACGUUGAAGCGAUGACGCCACAGUGCAUCGGAAACGUUAUCAAUUCAUACAGCAAGUUCGUGAAGGAAUUUGAACCACAAGUGUUAAUAUCGUUCUUCAACAAGCUGAUAGAAGCACUGCUGAAAUGGGAAGACUUUGGGGCAUUUAUAGGACAGAAUUACGCAAACAUACUCAACGGAGUGUCCAAACUCCACAUGAGAGUGAGCACAAGGGGAAACAUAGAAGAUCCCAGAGUAAGGGAGGAAGGAGUAAUUGGCGUUGACAUGGAACCAGGAAGUGACGAUGCCAGUGCUCCCGAUAAUGGCGUUGCUGCUGUGGAGGCCGGUGAUAUUGGAGUUUCUGAUGAUGACACAGCCGAUGUUGGCACUGGUGAUGUGAAAACGAUCAUUGGCUCUAAACAUGAGGAAUUGAAAGUGUAUGCACUGUUUAGAAAGCUGUCGAAUCCAAUAACGAAGAUAGUGGACGAUCUGAACCACUUGGACGUCCUGCUGAUAGCGAAUUCAAUGUCUAGGUGCAGAGUGCUGGACGAGAGUCUACUGAGAAGGCUCCUGGUAAAGUUGAAGGCACAUGGCAAAAAAUAUAAAACGCCGGAGAAGGUAAACACAAUCAACACACUGUCGAUACUGUACGAAUGCGUGUCAAGGCAAAAUUAUAUAAGUAUAUCGGAUAGGGAGUUAACAAUGUCGAAUAAUACCACAGACAUGAGGGUGACACCAGAGCAGAUCCCAGAGACGAAGAUUGAAGAAGAAAUAAGGAGAUACUAUUGGUACUUCAUCGAGGACUUUUUUGCACAUCAAGAGAAUAUUGAGCACAUACGGGGACUUGACAUUAAGUUGCUGUUCAAUUCAUUCAGCAGAUGCAACAUGAACAUGAGAGAGUACUGUGACGCCCUAGUGGAUAAAUACAUACAAUUGGGUCAGACGAGCACACGAGACCUGACGCAAAUAGUAAACCACUAUGGGAACUUGCAAAUGGAAAUGCCAACACAACUGCAAGAAUACAUAGUUAGGCACCACGGAGGCAAAAGUGAGCGAACCCAACGGGGUGAAAGCCAAGAAACCACGAGGGAGUCGAUAAGCCAAGUAAAUGAACCAAUACGAGUUUAA